UUCUCACAGUCUACAGGAGAAGAGCUCAGGUUGGCUUGGAAGCAGAAGGAGAUUUCCUGUCCGCAAGCCCAUCCAGGCUCAAAAAUGAUCCAAGCUCUCUUGGUAACUAUAUGCUUAGUGGUUUUUCCAUAUCAAGGGAGCUCUAUAAUCCUGGAACCUGGGAAUAUUAAUGAUUAUGAAGUAGUGUAUCCACAAAAAGUCUCUGCAUUGCCCGAAGGAGGAGUUCAGAAUGCUGAGCCAGAGACCAACUAUGAAGAUACAAUGCAAUAUGAAUUUAAAGUGAAUGGAGAGCAAGUGGUCCUUCACUUAGAAAGAAAUAAAGGACUUUUUUCCAAAGAUUACACUGAGACUCAUUAUUCCCCUGAUGGCAGAGAAAUUACAACAAGCCCUCCAGUUGAGGAUCACUGCUAUUAUCAUGGACACAUCCAGAAUGAAGCUGACUCAACUGCUGUCAUCAGUGCAUGCAAUGGCUUGAAAGGACAUUUCAAGCAUCAAGGGGAGACAUACCUUAUUGAACCCUUGAAGCUUUCUGACAGUGAAGCCCAUGCAGUCUACAAAUCUGAAAAUGUAGAAAAGGAGGAUGAGACCCCCAAAAUCUGUGGGGUAACUGAUACUUGGGAAUUGGAUGAGACUAUCAAAAAGACCUCUCAGUUAAAUCUUACUCCUGAAGAACAAGACAGAUACUGGCAGGCCCAAAAAUAUAUUGAGUUUUUCAUAGCUGUGGACAACAGAAUGUACAGGAAAUACAAGAGUGAUUUAACUGCUAUAAGAACAAGAAUAUAUGAAAUUGCCAACAUUAUAAAUACGAUGUUGAGACCUUUGCGAAUUCAUGUAGCACUGAUUGGCACAGAAAUUUGGUCCGACAGAGAUAGGAUUAAUGUGCAGCCAGCGGCGAAUGUCACAUUGGACUUAUUUGCAAGAUGGAGAGAAUCAGAUUUGCUGUCACGCAGAAGGAAUGAUAAUGCUCAGUUACUCACGGACAUUGACCUUAAUGGACUAACUUUAGGAUUAGGUUACAUCGGCACCAUCUGCCAUUCGAAGCAUUCUACAGCAAUUGUUCAGGAUCAUACCAAAGAAACACGUUUGAUGGCAUCUACAAUGGCCCAUGAAAUGGGUCAUAAUCUGGGCAUUAAUCAUGACACAAAUGCCUGCAAUUGCGCUGCUGAGAAAUGCAUUAUGUCUCCAACAAUAAGUGGUGUCCCCCUCUAUGACUUCAGCUCUUGUAGUGUUGAGGAAUACAAGACGUAUCUAACUUCAAAACUCCCAGAAUGCAUUCUCGACAAACCCUUGAAAAAAGAUAUUGAGGCACCUGCAGUUUGUGGAAAUUACUUUGUGGAGAGGGGAGAAGAAUGUGACUGUGGCUCUCCUGAGGAUUGUCAAAGCACCUGCUGUGAUGCUGCAACUUGUAAGCUGAAACCUGGGAAACAGUGUGACGCUGAAGAGUGUUGUGAGCAAUGCAGAUUUAAGAGAGCAAAAACAGUGUGUCGGCCAGCAAAGGAUGACUGUGAUGUGACUGAUCACUGCACUGGCAGAUCGGCUGAGUGUCCCACAGAUAGCUUCAAGAGGAAUGGAGAACCAUGCCAAAACAACCAAGGUUACUGCUACAAUGGGAAAUGCCCCACCAUGCAGAAACAAUGUUUUGCUUUAUUAAAGAAUGCGCCAGAUGCUAAUGUGUCUCCAGAUGUAUGUUAUAGAAAUAAUCUAGGAGGGAAUGAUUAUGGCUACUGCAGAAGGGAAAACGGUGUAAAGAUUCCAUGUGAACCACAGGACGUAAAGUGUGGCAGGUUAUACUGCAGACAUGGAAACAUUGUGAAAUGCCAAAUGGAUUAUAUUCCAGAAAAACCAGAUGUUGGAUUGGUUGAACCUGGAACAAAAUGUGGAGAUGGAAUGGUCUGCAGCAACGGGCAUUGUGUUGAUGUGCGGACAGCCUACAGAUCAACCACUGGAUUCUCUAUAAUUUGA